GCCGAUGAGAAAAGGAUGUAGGAAAUUCUGUUGUUUACACAUGUGUCUGUUACACUGAGAAGAAAGAGGAGCCCAGCAAACUCAGAGGGAGUGAAGUUAGAUGAUGAAUCAAAACAUGAAUUUAGACUCCAUUCAGAAACAAAUGGAAGAGAUAGAGGUUUUUUGGACCCAACCAACACAACCUGAUAAAUUAGACAGAUGUUGGAAACCAGGUGAUCAUCUGUGUCAUUCAAAUCUUCCAUCCCAAAGUUUCUACCCAAAUUCACCUCAUUAUGCACAUAUGCAUACAAGUUAUGGCAGUGAUUGGGAAAUUUUUGAAGCAGUAAAGAUCCAGGAACUGGAGGAAGUCAAAGCCAGAGCUGCCCAAAUGGAGAAGACCAUGCGCUGGUGGUCAGAUUGCACUGCUAAUUGGAGAGAGAAAUGGAGCAAAGUUAGAGGAGAAAGAAAUAAAGCACGAGAGGAAGCAAGACAAUUGAGAAUCAAAUUAGACAGUGUCAUAAAAGAGCUAAGUGUGCUUAAAAAAAUAAAUCAGGAUUUAGUAAGUGAGAAGGAAAACUUAGAAAAUGGAACUGCUUGCAAAACAGGAUGCUGUCGCUCAGAAAUCUCCUAUGUUAAAAAAGACCAAAACUUGUUAAUGUUUCUGGAACCAGAACCUCCAAAAGACCUUAACAAAAUCAUCAAAAUUCCUGGGGCAGAAGACACAAAGAAGGGUGUAAACAAAGACCAAAGCAAUGACAAUAAAAAAUUCACUCCAAAGCCUCCUGAUUUCUUCCCCAAUGGAAUUUCCAGCAUCUAUUUGGAGGAACCUAAAAUAAGUUGGGGCACUACAGCUAAGACAACAGAGAAUGAUUUAAUACAUGUAUCAGUCUUAAAUUUGCAUUUGGCUGAGAUGAGAAAAUUCUUACAGAAGGAAAGAGAAAUGAAUAUAUUUCUGGAGAAAGAAAUGGAAAAGAUGGAAAAUGAAUUAUUUCUUUGGAAAUGGAAAUAUGAAGAACUGAGACAAACCAAGCUGGAAAGCCUGAAACAGCUGGAAAGAAUGUGCUGUGAGAAGGCUUCUGACUGGGGAGAGAGAAAGCAACAGAGAGAAGCAGAUAAACAAAGUAUGGAAGAAGAGACCAGAAAACUAACAACGCAGAGUAAAGAGACGGAAGAAAGUGAACACAGGAUUUGGGACCAGACAAAGUUCCUUGCCUGUUGUUGGAGAUUCUGCCACAACAGUGAGUGAAGAUGUGGGAGAUCACCAAAAAGCCCUGCAGCAACAAGGUUAACAGGAGUGGCAAACAUUGCUCAUAAAGACAUACAAGAAAGUUUCAUUGAAGAAGUGCAUGUCAGAUAUAUAUAUAGGAAUACUGUAUGCAUCCCUGAUUUUUUUAAAGAACCAAGGAAAAUAUGUUAGUCAGGGUGCACCUAUUUAAAAGUUAUGUUGGCUGUUGUCAUUCCUUUCCAGUUGUUCUAACUGUUCGCUUCUAAAGCAAAAGGUGGACUUUAGUUAAAUUGUCCCAUAUUUUACCUUUGGGAAAAAGGACUUUGGAAUGUGCAUGGUAUGUGAGAGAAGUUCACAUUCUGUCUUGGGAAGACAUGGAGUCUGGAAUGGAAGUCACUGGUUUGUUUCUUGUUUUGUUUGUGUGUUUUACUUUCAUAGAGCAGUGGAAAAAAAUAUCUGUAUCAUGGGACCACCAGUUUUACCAGGGUGAUGUGUGUAUUACACUUUUCUUUCAUUAAAAAAAAAUAAAGAAGAAGAUAAAAAUAUUUUAUUUUAAAUACCCAAAUAUUAUCACAUACAAAUUUAGAUUAAGAAAUAUCCAUUCCUUAUGUGUUUCUUAUACUCACCAUAUAAUAAAAUAAAUGCAUCUCAAAUUUA